AUGUCUGACGACGAUUUCAUGCAAGAUUCUGCCGACGAGGACUAUGACUUUGACUAUGAAGGCUCUGGCGAUGACGAACAAGCCGGCGAUAUCGGCAUUGAGAAUAAAUACUACAAUGCCAAACAGAUCAAAGGCGAGAACCCAGAAGAAGCAGUCGAUGAGUUCUUAGGCAUACCAGCGUUGGAGAUGGAUAAAAGCGACUGGGGUUUCAAAGGAUUGAAGCAAGCCAUUAAGCUAGAAUUCAAGCUCGGAAGAUACAACGAUGCCGUUGAGCACUUUCGAGAACUCCUUACCUACACGAAGUCCGCCGUAACCCGCAAUUACUCCGACAAGUCCAUCAAUAAUAUGCUCGAUUACAUCGAAAAGGGAUCCGACGAUUCCCAGGCAUACCAAUGCAUGGAAGAAUUCUAUUCUCUGACCCUCCAAUCAUUCCAAAACACCAAUAACGAGCGACUAUGGCUGAAGACGAACAUUAAACUGGCUAAAUUAUGGCUCGAUCGAAAGGAGUACACCCUGCUCACCAAGAAGAUGCGCGAACUUCACCGAUCAUGCCGGAAGGAGGACGGAUCCGACGACCCCAGCAAGGGCACCUACCUACUCGAGCUCUACGCCUUGGAGAUCCAGAUGUACGCCGAAACGAAGAAUAACAAACGCCUCAAGGCGCUCUACCAGCAGGCUCUGCGAGUGCGCUCUGCGGUGCCCCAUCCGAGGAUUAUGGGAAUCAUUCGAGAGUGCGGUGGAAAGAUGCACAUGAGCGAGGAGAACUGGGAGGAGGCACAAAGUGACUUCUUUGAGUCAUUCCGAAACUACGAUGAGGCGGGCUCGAUGCAACGGAUCCAAGUUCUCAAGUACCUCGUCUUAACAACCAUGCUCAUGAAGUCCGACAUCAACCCAUUCGAUUCUCAAGAGACUAAGCCAUACAAGAACGACCCGCGCAUCUCAGCCAUGACCGACUUGGUAGACGCCUACCAGCGAGAUGAUAUCCACGUUUACCAGAGUGUCCUCCUCAAGAACCCCGACAUGCUGGAUGACUCUUUCAUCGCUGAGAACAUCGAUGAGGUCAGCCGCAACAUGCGCACCAAGGCUGUGCUUAAGCUGAUCGCCCCAUACACUCGAUUCUCCCUCCAGUUCAUCUCCAAGCAAAUCAAGAUAUCUAUUUCCGACGUCUCCGACAUUCUGGACUUUUUGAUUCUCGAUAAGAAACUGAAUGCUCACGUCGAUCAUGAAUCUGGAACUGUCUUGGUCCUUAGCUGCAACGAUGGGGAAAGAUUGCGCGCCUUACAGGAGUGGAGCUCAUCAUUGCAUAGCCUUUGGUCCACUACUCUCCAAGGUGACGGUUAUCGGUUGGAUGACGGAAACCAAGUAGCAGGCUCAAUUUUCACCCAAGGUUUUGGUGACGAGGCGUCACAUGUGAGCCAGCGUUUGAACCAACGAGUCUCGCGGGUUUUGCGAGGCAAAGGGUUCGGGGGGCAAAUUGACCGGAGCUGCGUAAUGGGGAAGGCUGUGCCAACGCAAAGCCGUUAUCUAAGUGGUCUUUUUCCCCUCUCGUUUCCUUUUCUCCCUCCCUAG